GAUAGAGAUGAGAAAGAUACUGCCAAGGAAAUUUAUAGAAACAAAAUCCAAAUCACUCUGCGCUGUGAUCAUCUUGUAGUUGCAAACUUCCUUGAUAACAUGCUUUUGCGAAGUUCAGGAAAAUUAAAUGUGGGCACCAAGAAAGAGGAUGGUGAGAGUACAGCCCCCACCCCUCGUCCAAAGAUCUUGCGAUGUAAAUGCCACCACCACUGUCCAGAAGACUCGGUCAACAAUAUUUGCAGCACAGAUGGAUAUUGUUUCACGAUGAUAGAAGAAGAUGACUCUGGGAUGCCUGUGGUCACUUCUGGAUGUCUAGGACUAGAAGGCUCAGAUUUUCAAUGUCGGGACACUCCCAUUCCUCAUCAGAGAAGAUCCAUUGAAUGCUGCACAGAACGGAAUGAAUGUAAUAAAGAUCUACAUCCCACGCUUCCUCCGCUGAAAAGCAGAGAUUUCGUUGACGGACCUAUACACCACAAAGCUUUACUUAUAUCUGUGACUGUGUGUAGUUUGCUCUUGGUCCUCGUCAUUUUAUUCUGUUACUUCAGGUAUAAAAGACAAGAAGCCAGACCUCGGUACAGCAUUGGGUUAGAACAGGAUGAAACUUACAUUCCUCCUGGAGAAUCCCUGAGAGACUUAAUUGAGCAGUCGCAGAGCUCGGGGAGCGGAUCAGGCCUCCCUCUGCUGGUCCAGAGGACGAUAGCAAAGCAAAUUCAGAUGGUGAAACAGAUUGGAAAAGGUCGCUAUGGGGAAGUUUGGAUGGGAAAGUGGCGUGGCGAAAAGGUAGCUGUGAAAGUGUUCUUCACGACAGAGGAGGCCAGCUGGUUCCGAGAGACAGAAAUAUAUCAGACGGUGUUGAUGAGGCAUGAAAACAUCUUGGGCUUCAUUGCUGCAGAUAUCAAAGGGACGGGAUCCUGGACACAAUUAUACCUAAUCACAGAUUAUCAUGAGAACGGUUCCCUCUAUGAUUACCUGAAGUCCACCACCCUAGAUACUAAGUCGAUGUUGAAGCUAGCCUAUUCCUCAGUCAGUGGCCUAUGUCACUUACAUACUGAAAUCUUUAGUACUCAAGGCAAACCAGCAAUUGCCCAUCGAGAUCUGAAAAGUAAGAACAUCCUGGUGAAGAAAAAUGGAACUUGCUGUAUAGCUGACCUGGGCUUGGCUGUUAAGUUUAUUAGUGACACGAAUGAAGUUGACAUACCACCCAACACUCGAGUUGGCACCAAGCGCUACAUGCCUCCCGAAGUGCUGGAUGAGAGCUUGAACAGAAAUCACUUUCAGUCUUACAUCAUGGCCGACAUGUACAGUUUUGGACUCAUCCUUUGGGAGGUCGCUAGGAGAUGUGUAUCAGGAGGUAUAGUGGAAGAAUAUCAGCUCCCCUAUCAUGACCUGGUGCCCAGCGACCCCUCUUACGAGGACAUGAGAGAGAUCGUGUGUAUCAAGAAGCUGCGGCCCUCCUUCCCCAACCGGUGGAGCAGCGACGAGUGUCUCAGGCAGAUGGGGAAACUCAUGACGGAAUGCUGGGCUCACAAUCCUGCCUCAAGACUGACAGCCCUACGGGUUAAGAAAACACUUGCCAAAAUGUCAGAGUCCCAGGACAUUAAGCUCUGAGGCAAGAAUAAGUGUCUCUGGACAAAGCCAAUAGAUAUUCUUCUGUUUGUGGGCAGAGCAAAAGAUGUUCCAGAAGCAUCCACAGUCCAAGCCUCGAACAUCCUCCUGCUCCCCAGAGGGUAUUUUCUUACCUCUCAGGGAGCAGCCUGGACAAACAGAAGUUUCCAGAAACACAGAUUCCUCGUGUCUGUCUAUAGGAGAGAGAAACUGCCUGGGUAAUUUGUUCAAGAUAUGAUGCAUGUUGCUUUCUGAGAAAGCCCUGUAUUUGGGGAUUGCCUUUCAUUUUUUCCUCAAAAGAUAAUUUUGCCAAAAUAAAAAUGUAAAUGUUUCAAGGUUUAUACUAUUUUAGUUUAAAGAAUAACAACUAAAGUUCUUCCCAGAAAUUCUGCUGGAAGGUAAAUUAAAAUAUGUGUUUCCAUUGGUAAAAUUUUGUUGCACUCUACCAACCAAAAGACAAUCGUUGAAGCCGGAGAACUGAAUGGAGCUCAUCUUAAAAGCCCCCGACAUGCCCCUGCCUCCUCAGACCACUCUGGCCAGCCCUGUGCUGGGGCAGCCGCAGCAAUGUGAAUGCACCUGGGUGCGGGCACCGCCUGGGUGGGACCACCUCUGGGGAUUCCCUCUCGUGACCUUCUGCAGCUUCAGAGGAUGUGGGACAAAUGAAGGUUUUAUGUGACUCUACUAGAAGUAAAUGUUAACACUGUUCUUCAGAACCACUUUGUAUUUCUGAUUCUGUUAAGUUUUUUCUUUCAUUAAACACAAAGCUUUUUUUGUGUGUGUAGGAAGUUGAACCCCUGCCUGCUUUUGAUCUCUCAAAUGAAAGGAUCAAUAUUAGGUAGAGUGGCUGUCAGUUGUGUCGAAGACAAGGCGCUUUAAAACAGAGCUAAUUUGCUCUUGUGCUGUAAGAAGAUGGUGUCGAAAAGGCAGGCGGUGAGGGUAAAGGUGCACGUGGCUUGUGUCUUAGGAAGAGGCCUCGGGCGCACGAGGGGAGAGGUGUGCACGACUCACUGUGUGCAAAGACGGUUUCUUCUAGUGAUCACCUGCCUUUUCUCUGUCUGACUUUAGAGGAGAGGAAAGUUAUGUCAGGUUAACUGAACUCAUUUUAAUUUUAAAUUAGAUAAAUACAACCUCCAAAUGGAACAGCAGAGGAAUGCUAGUGGAGACCACCAGAUACUAUGGCUGUCGUGACUUAUUCUAGAAUAGAUACAGAUGGAGGAUGUAAGUCUUAGGUGAUAGCGUCACAUCUUAGGAGUGCUGACUCAGAUUAUUUUAUCUUCAUGACGUUCAACUCACUUUUUAAUUUAUUAUUGUUUUCUUCUCCGUGGCACUUGUGCAGAACAUCUCUCCACCUAUUCAGUUAUGUAGGCAUAAAAACUUUUGAGCAGCAGGAGUCAAAUCCUUGACAGGGCCAGUAUCCCUUAGCAACAGGAGCAUAAUAAAGGGUACAAUUGUACACCUCUAAACCUUAUUCGUUUGCUUCCUGACUGUGGUUUUCUUUUGCUUCUUAGAGUUCUGUAGUGUUUAGCAAAGAAUUGGGAAGCCCCUCCUCUCUGCUCUUUAAAAAAAAAAAAAAAAACACAGCAAUUCUGUUCUUUCCAGAAUACUC